CUCUGUGAGCAGAGACGGCUCCUCCCCUUUAUGGUGGCUCUUUAACUGCAGGAGAAGCAGCACUGGGCACGAGUGGAAAGACAAAGCUAUUGCGACUGCCCUAAGUUGAGGUUCUUGUUUUGGAGGCUGCACAGUCUGUUUAAUCUCUGUAUGGAGGACAUAUGGAAGCAAACCGAGUAUCAUCUAAGGGAGAUUGCCUGCAAGGAGACUGCCUGCAAGGAGACUGGAAACCCUGAAUUUCUUAGCAUUUUCUUUUCCAGCAUCUGGGUUGUGGUGCCUGAAUUCCCAAACGCCUGACCUCUUGCACAUCAGCUUCCAUCAGCAAAGCAUCUUGGGUUUCUCUUGAUAACAAUGAGGCGUGACAGACCCCAAGAGCGGGCAGCCAGCUGGCCAGCAGAGCACAUCAAGGUGCUCCUUGCCCUGUGGACUGAGGCAGCAGUGACUCACGAUCUCAGCUCCCACGGCAGGAACCGUGCAGUGUAUGAUGGCAUUUCCCAGCGUCUUGCAGAAAUGGGCAUUUACCGGACUGGGGACCAAUGCCGGGAGAAAAUGAAAGGUCUGAAAGUGGCCUACCGCAAAGCCAAAGAGAACAACUCAGUGGGGCGGCCCCCCAUCAAGUGUCCGUUCUAUGAUGAGAUAGACCAGAUAAUGACACAGUACAUCAACUGCAGGCCAGGCUUUCCCUCAGAGGCUAGUGAAGGAUCCAGCACCAUUGUAGACAGGCAGGAAGGGCUCCCCAUCUCAGAGCCCUGGGGGUCCCAGUCUGGCAUCUCUGAGCGCUGGGGAUCCCAGGCCACAGGACACUGGUUAUCACAGGCUGCUGCCUCUGAAAGUCAAGGGACUGACGAGUUCAGCUAUGUCCAGGCAGAGUCUCAAGAUGCCUUUGGUGAAAUCCAAGUCAUCCCAGUCCAAGUGAAGGAAGAGGAAUCAGAAGAUGAGAUAUCGCCUGAGCUUGAUGUGGCCUCUCCUAUAGUGAUGGAAACACAACCUACGCCAAGGCAUCUCAUCUCCAUGCUUGACCAGCGUCCUCACCUUCGAACCCGGAAGCAAAAAGUUCAGGGAGAGGGGCAGUCAAGCUAUCAAAGGGGAGCUGGCCAGAAGUACAGCCGUUCCCAUCAUCUGGAGCUGCAGAGAAUGCAGAGACAGGUGGCCAGCCAAGCCGAGGAGAAGCAGAGCUUAGCAGAGUUCAUCCAGCAUGACAGGGAGAUGCGCCGGGAGGACAGGGAAUUCCAGGCCCAGCUCUUUGAGAAACUUUUUCAGAAGCAAACGGAGCUUGUCCAGGCACUGUCUCAAAGAGCUCCUAUCAGCCCUACCUCCGCUGCCUGUCCCAACACCCUGCAGGCCUUGCAGCUGUCUGCAAAGAGUGGAGCAGGAAUAGCCACAGGCCCUGGUUCUCAGUUACAGGCUUUGCUAGAACAGAUAAUGCAGGCUGAAGUAUCAGGGAAGGGUCUAACCAGGCUUGCUGUGAAGGAGGCCCUUGGAGGAACUGUGAAAGUGCCUCCUGAGGUACAGUACUGGACGGCUGAAGAGAUACUGAGGUGGCUGCUGUCUCAGCAGUCACCUAACGACCAGUGCCAAGAGGUGUUAGUGACUCCCAGACUAGGGACAGAGCCUGGUAAAGGCCCUAACAAAGCCCAGCAGCUCUGUGGGAACAACUGUGCUAAAGAGACAGAAACAGACAUUGACAUCGAAAUCCAGCGUCAGUGUUUCCGGCAGUUCUGCUACCAGGAUGCCUGUGGGCCCCAGGAGGUUUACAGGUGCCUGUGGGACCUUUCGCAUCAGUGGCUGAGGCCAGAGAUCCACACCAAAGAGCAGAUCAUGGAGCUGCUGGUGGUUGAGCAAUUCUUGAGUAUCCUUCCUGAGGAAAUCCAGACCCUGGUACGAGAGUGUCAGCCAGAAAAUGGCAAGGAGGCUGUGGCCCUGGCAGAGAGGUUCCAGCUUCACUUUGAGUCCAAAAGGAAACGGGACCGGACACGAGUGACAUCUGAGGACGUGGUUCCAGUUUCUUCCAGAGGAAAAUUGGAUGACAAUGAAACACAAGGGUGUGUCAAAGAUGGCCAAGAGAACCCUAGGAGGACUGGCUUACUUGGUACAGAAGCGCACCUUCGGCUGAGGAAGAGGCCAAAGUCGGGGCUGAGAGAAUGGAUCGCAUCCAGGCAAGGUGGAGAACACGGAGAGGCAGCAGCAAAACACAGGAAGUUGGAUAAUAGCUUAGAGGAACAGGAAGUGACUGAAGUUGUGGAGAGAACAAACCACAGGCCAACUCCCCGGCCAGGAAAGCAAGAUGGAAAAGGGCAGGAAAGAUCUGUUCCCAGGCAUCCUCCUGCGGAAAGUACCGCUGAGAGACAAGCCAAGGCAGAGGGCAGUGGCAGGGCUUCAGACUCUCUGAAUGGGACGCUUCCUUGUGGUACGUUGCGCACAGGGAAGACGCCGGCAAGCCUUGUGCCUUCGCAGCUGGCUUUCGACAAGGAUGACGCUGUCUGCAGCCCUCGGCAUAGGAAUGACAGCCGCACGUCUCCUGAAGCAGACGGACCUUCUCUCAGUGACAGCAUUGACCUGCUGCUGGAUUCUCCGUGGAGCGGAAAUGGCAGUGGUGACAUAACCCACGACGGGCCCUCUGAUCCCAGGGUGCCGCCAUCCUGUGCCACCUGCACUGUCCUGAAGGCUGAGCUGGACACCAUCCGUGAGGAGCUCAGGAUAACCCAAGCUUCCACACUGUAUGGACUCAGUGGGACCUCCCUGCGAGACUUAUCUGAAGCUCUUGGCACCAUUGCGCACAUCCUCAACAACAGGAUGUCUUCAUCAACAACAAACGCAUCCCAGAAAAUUGCUGAAAUCCCUACUAGACCAGUAUGGCAGGAGAGAAAUGGUUUCUGAACCGCUGAAUGGCCUGAACAUACCCCAACACCAAGGCAACCAAGAAAUUCAACAGCAAUAGUGACAGCAUUAGGAUGAAGGCCUCAGUUUUAGCAACGACAGUGCCCUCAGCUCUUGUCCUCUGAGUUCUGUGACUGACUUUGCUAGAUUCUUCUCUCCCCCCGCCCGCCCCCCUUAGAACAUCAUAUAAGUUGCUCAGGCUGCAGCAAGACUUAGAAGCUCCAGAGCUG